GUAGCAAACAAUAUCCGUCAUGGCUCGAACGUCGCGUUGUGUGUGACUGUACAAAGUUUGCGAGUGAUGGUUCUACCCGCCAAGCAUGUUUCAGUCGACAAAAGCGGUGUUUUUGGUGGAUGUGGCAUCGUUCUUCAGCCGCGAAGAUCGACUAAGUGUGGCCGACUACCAGCAGGCCAUGAACGCGGUCAAAUAUUGCUGCCUGAAGUUUCUCACGCACUUUGGCACGAAGAGGACUCGAUGGGGUUACAAGUUUUACAACCGCAAUGGCUCUGCUCGUCAGCGUAUGGAGAAGCGCCUCUUCUGCGAGUUCAACCUGGAAACCUUCGAAGAUUUCGAGGAAGAUCUCGUCAGGCGAUUUGAACACUACAGGCAAGCAUGCGAUGCAAUUGACCGCAGUGGUUCUCGCAGCACAACCGAAAAAGAUCCCCCCUGCAGUGUCCUCCGUGCUGCACUGACGCAGAUAUUCUCUGAAUACCAGUGGGACGCUCCUAGCCUUUCGUCUCCCGUCAAGUGGAAAUUGAGAAAGCGUGAGAAGAAGUGCACGAGUGAAACCUGCGAAGGUGAAGAGGAUGCGAACUAUGUAUUUAACAUAUCGCCCUGCCCUCAUACCGACAGCGAUGUUGCCGCCUUCUUGGGCAGAUCAGCCACUGCAUGUGCGGAUGUUGCGGAUGAAAUUCUCCCCGCCCACGUUCGUCGCCUGCUGUUCGCCAGCGCGUUGGUCAAAUUUUUCUGGAUUGACACGACAUCCCUAGAAGCCACCCUUGACCGUGGUACGACGGUUAGCCCCAAGCUUCGGAAAGCUACAACGGCUCUUGGAGGAGACGUGAUGUGUAUAUCGACGCUGGUAGCUGCUGGAAGUGUUUGUCUCGGCCCAGAUGGACGGGUAGCGAAACAAGGGCCCCUUACUGCUGUCCCUUUUUGUGAUGUGGCCAACUCUUAUUUUUCCAAGACCAUCGAGCCCCAGGCUAAGCAGCCAUUAACUCCUGUAGUGUAUAAGGGGACCCACAUUGGAUUGGCUGUGCUGUGCCCGAAUUCCUCUCGCGUGACCGAAGAGCUUGUUGCUGCUGAGGACUGGAAAGAGAUACGGAUAUUGGGUAGGACGAAAGCAGAUGCUAGGCUGUGUAUUUUUCAGUCCACUCGGGUGCAGAUAUUUCGCUGUGCUGGCACGAGCUUGCAUACCUACUCAAGGACUCCUGCCACUGCAUUGAAUGAGAUUCUCGCCUGUCUUGUAAAUGACAAUGGUGCACUUUUUGUUGAAAUGUUGUUAAACCACUCUUUUUUUAAGCACUCUGGUUUUCUGUUCCCCAUAGACUACAAUUCAUUUUCUGUGCACAUUGUCACAAAGCCAGCUGUGAGGGCGCCAAUGGCAUUGUCAAAAAAUGCCGGCAGGGAAUUUGCGAAUGGUAACCGAGAUGAAAUGAGACGAAUAGGCAUCCUGUGGAGAAGUAGCACAUCUUCACGUUUGGAAAAGCCCUUUGCGGCAAAUGUGCUUGAAAAGUGGUUUGUUCCUGCUUCCACCAGUUGUAUAGUUGAUACUAGCAACGAGCAGGCACAUUCCACUUCUCAAGACUACUUGCUCAAGUUGCUACGACGAGAGUACCGGACAAAACUAGCAGCCAGUAAGGCCAAGGGUGAACAUAGAAUUGUGAGUGAUGAGCCCAAGCGGCCAGUGUCUGUGCCUAAGAUGCGCAGGUGCCUUAGUGUUUCUUUUCCUGUUAUGCCUGCAUCAGAUGAUAACAUGGAAGCCACUUCGUUUGGCCGAAAUGCUCUCAUUGCAACACCUUCUUCUGAUGUUGACCAACUUGUCAUUCAUCUCAAGGAAUGUUAUGAUGCUGCACUUAAUGCAGAAUUGCCAGCCUCCUUGUUAACCUGUGCCCAGAACAUAGUCAGCGUGGUGAAGAGGUUUGCUGAGAGUCAACCAAGUGAACUAAGUUGUUCUGAAACUGCUUGCAGGGUGCUUAGGACUCACUUCACUUUGAGCUGUGUUCAGAUUGCAGAGAAAUAUGUCAACCAUAAAGAUGAUGACAGUGUCAAACGUCGUGUUAAUGAAUAUCAGCUGCAAGCACUGUUGGCAUUGGAGGAGGAAGUGAACUUUCAGUCAGCGAGCAAUUGUGUGGAAAGAGUAACAUCCUUGCUUCGAACACUUUCUUUUAUUUACAACCCAGCAUGUGCGAGCGAAUUUUUGAAAGGAAUUGUGAGCAGCGCCUAUCUAAUAACCCUUAAGGACAUUCUCAUGGAAAUUGCUGAGGAGCUGAACAUUCAGAUUAUUUCAGAUGAACUUGACACUUCGCUUGGUUCUGAAGGAGACAUUUUUCGCUUGGGAUCUGUUCCCUCUAUGCAGUCACAGGAGUCCUACCUGUCAAGUAUUCCAUCAUCGCUCAGCUUGAUGCGGGGUACUGACAGCACUAAUACAGCAGAGAACAAAGCUUUAGUCAGAGUAGACCUUUCACAGCCACCAGCACUUGAGAAGCUUCAAAUUGUGGUAAAGCAGGCAUCUACAAAGGACGGAGCAAAUGACUCCAAAUCGUUAAGAAAACAUGCAAAAAGGGCAAGGACAGGGAAUGCACAGAGUAAUGACGAUGAAGUAGGUUGCAAAAAGUCACAAAAGAGUAUAACUUCAACACCAAGUGCUAAACGUCGUCGUGUCCUAAAGACAACAUUUGUACCAGAAACACCUCAUGGGAAACAAGGAAGGAAGGCCGUUCAGCGUCGGCAAGAGCUGUUGAGAAAAAAAUGCAGUGUUAGGAUCACAUUGCCAGUAGUAGAGGAAACUCCUGAAAAGAAACACUUCUCUCAACCAACAACUUCAAAAUCUCAGACCCCAGUUAAACAUUCUGGUUUGGAAAUUCUGAGCAAUGCUGAAAUGCAGUAUGCUCAGGGCAGCACAACACCAAAGAGGACCCUUCGGCCAAAGAUGCUUUUUUCUCGUGUGCAAGCAACGCCACCCGAGUGGAACAGUUCAGAAUGCUUGUUCACUUCUCCCAUUGGUGAUGUUGAGCAGGUGCCCAACAAUGAGAAAACGCCUAAAAAAAUUGGCAGUCAGUUACAUACAGGAAAUGAACAACACUGUACUGUGACACCACGAAGAAAAGUUUCAAAGAAACUUCUGAGUUCUCCUUCAACACCAAAGUCCACACUCAAUUUUCCUAGUAAUGUUGAUGCAUCUCCAGCUGUCAAGCGAAUGCUCUCAAAGCUGCCAACUACCACUGUGAGGAGGCAGACAUUGUUCCCAAAAACUGAGACGCCAAGGCAGUUGUUCAGUAUGAAAAGUCAUAGAAGCUCACUGGUUAAGAGUGUAGACUCAUUGGAUAGUCUAGUGGCAGAUCGGGCUAGCUCCGGUACCCAGUCAUUUUCCACCUCUUCAGAACAAAUUUUAGGGGCCGACAACGAUGCUGCUCUAAUUGUGACUUCUGAACCACCAGAGAACUCUCUUAGCUCACCACUCUUAUCAGAAUGCACAUCUCGCUUCACACGGAGUAAAUCGCGUGAAACAGGCCUUUCACCACACCAACUGUUUGUAUUAUCGCAGAAGAGCCCAGUAAGGAAGGGAAACCAUGGGUUUAAGAAAAGGGGCAACAAAACAGUGGGCUGUGCUAUGUUGAAAGACAAUGACCAGACUCCAAGGCAUAAAGUGACAAAGAAAGUUUCGUACACUCCUCCUUCUGCAUUGAGUUUAUUGCACCUUACUAGCUCUCCCAUGCUGUUAAAGAAGACCAAGUGAUUGUGCCGGUGGGAUGUUUUAAUCAAUUCAUUUAUCUGUACUUAAAUUUUUAGUGCAUAUAUGGGGAUUUUUCUGAAUGUUCUCGGUGUUUACAAUUAUCAAAUGUAAUGUAAGUAUGUACAGAAAAUUGCUGGGUAUUACGCGUCAUUUUAUGCUUAAAUAAAUAUAGCUCACUGUACAGGAUACAGUGCCAUGUGAAUGUCUGAAAUAAUCAAUGUAAUUUUACAUCAUUGUCACAAACGA